AUGCUCAGAGCCGUAUCUUCGAUGUAUAUUGAGAGCCAGGCGCUCUCGUCGCUCGAGGUACUCUCGUCAGCGAGGAGAGACGUGUUUAAGUUGUUCCGGACCUGCUCACUGUCCACACAGGCAUCUGCUGCACAGACGGUGCUGAGUGCUUCGAGUGCGGGCGCUGAAAGGGCGUCGCCACCGAGGCCGCGCCCUCCGCCACCGCCUCCGCCCCCGCCACAGCCUCCGCGCCGCGCUUGGCACGUCGCCGCCACUGCGCUCGCCAUCUCCGCUUCUCUCGGAGGGUUCAUGUACUACCGCAAGCGCAGCGACGACAGUAAGGGACCGCUCGAUGUCACUCCACAACCAGUGUCAGAGGCCGAGCCGACGGCGGACGAAGCGCCGCCGAUCCCUUCGUCGGGAGAGAUGUUCCCGGGCCACGUGCAGUUCUUGCUGGUGGGCGCGGGGACGGCGUCGUUCGCGGCGAUGCGAGCCAUCCGCGCGGCCCGGCCCGAGGCGCGAGUGCUGUUGGUGGGCGACGAGCGCGAGCUGCCCUACAUGCGGCCGCCGCUCAGCAAGGAGCUGUGGCGCGAGCCCGACCUCGCCGAGCGCGCCGACGACCUGGACGCGCUCACGUUCCGCCAAUGGAACGGGCGCCGCCGCCCCGUCGCGUACGAGCCCGCCGCCUUCUACACGCCGGUGGAGGAGCUGGAGAGCCGCGGCGGGGCCGCCGUGGCGCGAGGCUGGACCGUGACGCGCCUGGACGUGGCGCGCCACGAGGCCGAGCUGGCGGCGCCGGGCCGCGCGCCCGUGCGCGUGGCCUACGACCGCUGCCUCGUGGCCACGGGGCUGCGCCCGCGCCGCACGGGGCUGCUGCGCGCGGCGGCCGAGGGCGGGCGCGCCUUCACGCUGCGCGGCGUGCGCGACGCCUGGCGCGUGGCGCGCGAGCUGCGCCGCGACGACGUGGCGCGCGUGCUCGUGCUGGGCGGAGGCUUCCUGGCCGCCGAGCUCAGCGCCGCGCUGGCCGAGCGCCUGUCGCCGGAGGGCCGGAGCGUGGUGCAGGUGUUCCGCGAGGAGGCGCCGCUGGCGAGCGUGCUGCCGCGCUACCUGGCGCAGGAGGCCGCGCGGCGCCUGCGCGACAGCGGCGUGGAGCUCCGCGCCGGAGCCGAGGUCGUGAGCAGCGAGAUGGGCGAGCGCGGCGUGCGUUUGCAGCUAGCGGACGGCGGAAGCCUGGAGGCGGACCUGGUGUUGGAGUGCGUGGGCUCGGAGGUGGCUGAGGAGCUGGCGCGGCGCUCGCAGCUGGAGACGCACGCGGAGCUGGGCGGGCUGGUGGUGAACGCGGAGCUGCAGGCGCGCAACGACGUGUUCGCGGCGGGUGACGUGGCGUGCUUCUACGACGUGGUGCUAGGCCGACGCCGCGUGGAACACCACGACCACGCCGUGGUGUCGGGGCGCCUGGCCGGCGAGAACAUGGCCGCCGUCAAGCCGCCUCAGCACUACACGCACCAGAGCAUGUUCUGGAGCGACCUCGGCCCGCAGCUCGGCUACGAGGCUAUAGGUAUAAUCGACUCACGGCUGCCCACCGUGGGUGUGUUCUCGGCGGACGCCGUGACGUCCGCCAGCAAGGCGGUGGAAGUCGCCGCCGCGGAGGCGCAGGCGGGCGAGCCCGAGGGGGGCGCGGCGCCACAGCCGGUGCCGAUAGCGUUGGUGCCGGAGCCGCUGGGGGAGGGGGCGGAGUCGCGGAGCUACGAGCGCGGCGUGGUGUUCUACCUGCGCGAGCGGCGCAUCGUCGGUGUGCUGCUGUGGAACCUCUUCAACCGCAUGCACGUCGCGCGCCAGGUCCUGGCGCAGGGCGAGUUCGACGACCUGUUCGAGGUGGCCAAGCUGUUCACGCUGCACGAGGACGAGUAG